AUGUUAGGGACUGUGAAAAUGGAAGGGCAUGAAACCAGCGACUGGAACAGCUACUACGCCGACACUCAGGAGGCCUACUCCUCGGUGCCCGUGAGCAACAUGAACUCGGGGCUGGGCUCCAUGAACACCAUGAACACCUACAUGACCAUGAACACCAUGACGACAAGCGGCAACAUGACCUCCAGCUCCUUCAACAUGUCCUACGCCAACACGGGGCUGGGGGCUGGGCUGAGUCCCGGCGCAGUGGGCGGCAUGCCGGCAGGCUCGGCGGGGCCCGUGAACGGCAUGCCGGCCGGCGUGGCCGCCAUGGGCACGGCGCUGAGCCCCGGUGGCAUCAACGCCAUGUCUGCCCAGCCGGCCCCCAUGAAUGGGCUGAGCCCCUACGGCGGCAUGAACCCCUGCAUGAGCCCUAUGGCCUACACCCAGUCCAACCUCGGCAGGACACGGGACGCUAAGUCCUUCAAGCGGACCUACCCCCACGCCAAGCCGCCCUACUCCUACAUCUCCCUCAUCACCAUGGCCAUCCAGCAGGCACCCAGCAAGAUGCUGACGCUGAGUGAGAUCUACCAGUGGAUCAUGGACCUUUUCCCCUACUACCGACAGAACCAGCAGCGCUGGCAGAACAGCAUCCGCCACUCGCUCUCUUUCAAUGACUGUUUCGUCAAGGUGGCCCGCUCCCCCGACAAGCCCGGCAAGGGCUCCUAUUGGACCCUGCACCCCGACUCCGGCAACAUGUUUGAAAACGGCUGUUACCUCCGCCGGCAAAAGCGUUUCAAGUGCGAGAAGCCGGCGAACAGUAAAGCCACUCAGGAGGGCAGGAAAGAUCAGGCCGGGGCCUCUAGUUCAAGCUCCAACUCCCCCCUGCACAGAGGCCACAACAAACCUGCGCAGCUGGACACGGCCACCUCUCUCUCCAGCUCCAACCCGUCCACCAGCCCCCAGUCUAUGGACCACAGUGGAUCAAGCACGGAGCUAAAGACCUCGGCCUCGGCCGCCUCCUCCACCAUCAGCUCUGUACCCACCUUGGCCUCCGUCCCACACCCCCCUCAUUCAUUAGCCCACGAACCCCAGCUCCACCUCAAGGGUGAUCCCCACUACUCCUUCAACCACCCGUUUUCCAUCAACAACCUCAUGUCCUCCUCGGAGCAGCAGCACAAGCUGGACUUCAAAGCCUAUGAGCAGGCGCUGCAAUAUUCCUCUUAUGGGGCCAGCAUCCCCGGCGGGCUGCCCCUGGGCAGCGCCUCCAUGGCUGGCCGGAGCAGCAUCGAGCCCUCGGCCCUAGAGCCCUCCUACUACCAAGGUGUGUAUUCCAGACCCGUGCUAAACACCUCCUAG